CAGCGUCGUCGUCAAAGCACUUGCGUUCUCAUCAGUGGUUGUGUUUCUUUGGAGCCGGUCGCAGCCAUUCAUAAUGGCUUCUCGCUUGGCUCUGACCUGUGUCCUACUGGCUAGCGUUGGCAUCUGCUCCGCGACUUUUGGCCAUGAACACGUUCACAUACGAGUUCAUAUACCGGAACAACAUCACUCGUCAAAGGAAGUUGUAGUGCACGAGCAUCAUGACCAUGGCCACGGUGGAGGCGGCGGUGGAGGAGGAUACGGAGGUGGACACGGUGGAAGUUUCGCAGAUCAUCUACACGGAGGCUUUAUAGACCACUUGAAAGGCCAUGAUCACGGAGGUCACGGAGGCUUUGGAGGCGGAUUUGGCGGUGGUCACGGCAUUUCCAUCGGAGGAGGAUACGGCGGCGGUAGUGGACAUGACAUCGGUGGAAGUCACGGGGAUAUAGGACUUGGAGGUGGCCACGGAGGUGGUGGAUAUGAAAGUCAUGAUAUCGGUGGUAGCAUUGGAAGCGGCGGACACGGAGGACAUGAUUUUGGCGGUGGAUUUGGAGGUGGUCACGGAGGUGGAUUUGGAGGUGGGUUCGGGGGUGGUCACGGAGGUGGUGGAUACGGCGGAAGUCAUGGAGAUAGCGGAUUCGGAGGUGGCCACGGAAUCGACGGAGGAUUCGGGGGCCAUGACUUAGGCGGUGGUCAUGGAGGAAGUGAUAUUGGCAGUCAUGACUUUGGAGGUGGCCAUGGGGGUGGCCUAGAUAUCGGAGGUGGACAUGGUGGAUACGAUUUAGGAGGUGGACAUGUUGGGGGCGGCCACGAUAUUGGCGAUGGACAUGGAGGUGGAGGAAUCGGCGGUGGAUAUGGAAGCGGACAUGGCGGUGAUUUUGGUGGAAGCUUAGGAGGCGGAUUUGGAGGCGGCCAUAUCGGUGGUCAUGAUUUUGGCGGUGGAUUAGGAGGCAGUCACGGAGGACAUGAUCAUUAUAGCGGUGGCGGAUUAUCAGGAGGAUUAAGUGGUGGAUUUUCAUCUGGGGGCCAUGAUAGUUACAGUGGUGGCGGCGGAUUUUCGUUUGGCGGACAUAGUAGUCAUGGAUCUGGAGGCCUUGGUGAUUUCGGAGGUAGCCAUGACUCUUAUAGCAUCGGAGGACAUGGCGGAGGAGGCAGUCAUGAUAGCUACUCAUUAACCAGCAGUUACGAUUCAUUUGGCAGUGGCGGCCAUGGUGGUCAUGGUGGAGGCAGUUACAGUAGUGGUGGCCAUAGUUUCGGCGGUGGACAUGGUGGUGACAGUUAUAGUUUAGGACACAGUCACGGGUCAGGCGGUGGCCACGGUAUUGCCGACAUAAGUUUAACAGAUAUUGGUGGUGGCCACGGAGGCGGUCACGGUGGCGAUGAAUUUGGUGGUGACAGUUAUACAAAUGCCCUUGGCGCAGGUCAUGGCGGUGGUCCUUACCACAAACGGAAAUAAAUACACAUGUUGCCAACACUGUUAAAAAUAAAUUCAACUAAGUCAUAGAUUCUGAUGUGCAUGCAUAUACAACGAUGUUAAAUGUUUAUCCAGUAUUAAAUG